AUGUGUUAUAUUGUACGUUCAAAGGAUUUCAUUGAACGAGGACGUGAGCGUGAGAAGAACGUGAAACGUGAGAGGAAAAGGGAUAAACAGAUGAACUGUUCUCGUGCAUGUCGUAUACGGUGGCGAAAUGUAUUAUCACGAGUACGUCCCGAACAAAAGUUAUCAAGUCAGAAAGAGCAGCUGGAGAUAGAUGAAAAGAUGACAUUAAGUGAUGAAGCUGAGAGUAUGCUGAAAAAAAUGUUACCAUCAUUGAAAUCAGGCGAUGAACCGGCAAAACAAAAUCAUUCAGCGGACGAUGAAUUUCUGAAUGUUGCAUCGAAGGAGAAAAUUGAUAUGGAUUCAAUCCGAGCUAGAGGAUUCUUAAAAUAUCGAUACAACUACAAACCACCGGAUGAUCUUGAGAACCAAGUGAAAGGAGCUGUGGAGGAAGUUCUUAUUGAUGUAGGGGACGAUAUACGAAAUAUCGAUCUUACGAAGAAUCGGCGCUUAAAAUUUCAGCUUCUCAAUUUGCUAGGUGAAAGACUGUGUCAUGUAGUUCCCAAUUCCGAAUUACAUAAAAUGAAAACAGUUGGCGAUUUAAUCAACUUCUACGGACGUCCGUUUCGAAAUCUUACCGAAUAUGCACAGAUGGCUCGUGACAACAAACAGACGUUACCAAAGAACUUGCAUGUUAUGGAACAUCCAUUCCGUUUUCAUCCGGAAGAUACCCAUUCUUAUCAUGGAGGUGAAACAGCUUUUCCCGGGAAGGGAGGUGAAGUAUUCAGUUUACGAAACAAGAGAUUAUAUCGGCAAUUUAAACCGAAAAAGGAUUGGUUCGAUUUUGAAGAGGAAUCAUUUGAUUACACCCGUCAAGACGAAGGAAUGCCUUGGGAUCCAGAAAUAGCAGAACGUAUGGAUCGGUAUCCAACGAAAAGGUACAAUUUGAAAACAAAAAGAUUCAAGAACACGUGACUGAUGGACUAUUUUUAGUGAUUUUGAAUGAAAUGAGUAUGUUUGUCUUUUACAAUAAAACUAGACGAUAUUUCAUGCUCUAAUUGCAAAUUUUUCUGAUCCCUCAUAUUUGCUUCCGAUUUUUCCCAUGCCGAAAAACGAAAUAAAUUUCCUUCUCGA